UUGUUUUGAAGCGAACAACGUUGAAUACUUACCUAGAUUGUUCCUUUUUGUUAACUAUUUUGUAAAUAAAAUGGCUUGCAACACGUUUCAUAAAGGAAAAUACUAUAUUGCUUUCAAAAGAGGCUUCGAAGACUGCAAAAAAGAUAUUACCGUGACAAUAGACAAACUUUUCGAUGCCGAUUGUUUGAAGAUAUCUUUAUCGGAUGACAAUGACCCCACAUUUUUGUGUGUAGUGACGGUCACUCGUUGUGAUUAUGAAGAUUUGAAGAAACAACAAGGUUUGCUAAUAGACUUCGAUAAUUUUCCGUCUCAGCUGGUGAGACUACUACAACAAUGUGCAUCAAACAAUAUGUUCCUUAUAAUGCAGCAAGCAAACCCAAUACAAUAUUACUUUGAGAUUAUUGAACACAAUGAGUUCAAGCGGCUUGUACACCUAUCACUGAGGACAGGACCUGCAUCAGAUGCUGACAUUAAACAACAUAUGGCUGAUACCAUUGAUAACCUGAAAAAGACAUUGGCUGCACUAAAAAGUACCUCAUCAAGCUCGGAAGCCAUGUUGAAUGAUAAAUGCAUUAAUUUGGAGAGGAAGGUACAUGACUUGACACAUGCUCUUAGCAAAAUGGAAGAAGAUAAGCUUAGAAGAGAGUCUGAGUACCAGGAGUCUAUAAAACAUGAGAAGGAUAGAAUAGCACAAGAAAGAAUACAGUGGCAAAAAAACAUGGAAAUGAACUCAAAAGUUCAUUUGGCUACAUCACAGGAAACCCUGAACAGGAAGGACAAACAGAUUGAUGAAUUAAAUACCCUUUGUAAGCAAUUAAGAGAAAACAUUGGGCUGUUAGAAAACCAAUUAAGUGAGAAGUCACAACGUCUGAAUCUGUUAGAAGCAGAGGUUCAAAAAUCGCACAUUGAAGUAGCUACACUUAAAGCCAAGAAUGCAUCCCUAGAUAGAGAAGUUAUGGACAAAGAAAAAAUGUACAAUCAACUAAAUAAUAGAUGCUUACAUUUGGAAAAGACUAUUAAAGACAAUACUGACAGCAUCAAAGACUUGAGUAAUUCCCUGCAUAUCACUAAAAAGGAAAAGAAUAGCUUAGAAGAGAGGCUGGCUCUUAGUGAAUCAUUAGCGAAGAAGAGUAAUGAAGCAGCACAUUCUACAUCAGAGCAGUUAUUAAAAGCCAACCAAAUAAUAUCCAAACAAAAUUCUGACCUCAUGGAAAUGAAGGAGAAGCUCAUGUGCAGAACAGCAAUUGCUUUAGAGCAAGAGAAGGUGAUAGAACGCAAUAGUAAAGAGAUAGAAGACUUGAAAUUGGAGAUUUCUAGUGCAAAAGAAAUUAUGGACAAACUAAAGGAUGAUUUGCAUAGUUUGAAAGAUAAAUGUGAGGCCACUGAACAAGCACUGAAGGAUAGAGAUGAGACCAUCAAGAAUAACAAUAUGGUUAUCCAAUGGCUACAUAAGAAAAUGGAAAGCAGUUGUGCACCCAAUGACAUGCUUCAGAGUAGAAAUAGUUCUGGCAACCCCUCGGCCACCAGCUCCACACCAUACUUCCUGACCAGAAGUACUCAGAACUAUACCAAUACCUCUGAAGAAUCAAUUAACUUCUAUGGAACAUCUCACAUAGAAGAAAGUCCUCAGCUUGAAAUAAGAGACAAGAACAGCAAGGUUGGGUUAGAUCCGAAGUACCUCCAACCAGCUUCUGAGUCAAAUACAGCCAAGAGUAAAAGUACUGGUAAAAUAACAUCAGCCGAAAAUCUAAGUCAGAAGGGAAAAGAGAACAAAAACAUUGAACUUCCUAAAGUUGACUACAGAGAGAAGAAAUCUGGGCAAAGUUCUACUUAUCGAGCGACACCAGUGUCUGCUUACUUCCCUUAACAUAACCAUAAUGAAUAAGUUACUUGUUCUGUGCAAUAAAUUGUAAUGAAUUCGCAA